AGUAGAUAAGCCGUAAGCGCACUAGGCUAGUUUACGUGACCUGCGCGAUUCUCUUCUUGCGACGGAAGCAAAACCUGCGCGAGAGAGAGAGAGACAGGCAGACGACUGCGGGACGACGAGAUGGCCGACGGGGAGGACGCCGCCGCCGCGCGCCGCCGGGCCGCCAUAACCGACUACCGCAAGAAGCUGCUCAACUGCAGGGAGCUCGAGUCGCGCGUCGGCACCGUGAGAGAAAGCCUUAAAAAUGCAAAGAAGGAUUUUACCAAGACUGAAGAUGACUUGAAGUCUCUGCAGAGCGUGGGGCAAAUAAUUGGAGAGGUUCUCCGGCCUCUUGAUAAUGAGCGCUUUAUUGUGAAGGCCAGCAGUGGUCCCCGAUAUGUGGUCGGUUGCCGAAGUAAAGUGGACAAGGAGAAGUUAACAUCUGGAACUCGUGUUGUACUUGACAUGACGACCUUGACAAUAAUGCGGACUCUUCCACGGGAGGUGGAUCCUGUGGUAUAUAACAUGCUUCAUGAAGAUCCAGGAAAUGUCAGUUACUCCGCUGUAGGCGGUUUGUCUGAUCAGAUUAGAGAGCUCAGGGAAUCCAUUGAGUUACCACUUAUGAACCCUGAACUCUUUCUUCGGGUGGGAAUUAAGCCUCCUAAGGGUGUUCUACUCUACGGUCCACCAGGAACUGGGAAGACCCUAUUGGCAAGGGCUAUCGCAAGUAACAUUGAUGCCAACUUUUUGAAGAUUGUUUCAAGUGCUAUUAUUGACAAAUACAUUGGAGAAAGUGCUCGUUUGAUUAGAGAAAUGUUUGGCUAUGCACGUGAUCACCAACCAUGCAUCAUCUUCAUGGACGAAAUUGAUGCCAUUGGUGGGCGAAGAUUUAGUGAGGGAACUAGUGCUGAUCGUGAGAUCCAGCGGACAUUGAUGGAGCUCCUUAACCAAUUAGACGGAUUUGACGAGCUAGGAAAGGUAAAGAUGAUCAUGGCCACGAACCGACCUGAUGUUCUGGACCCUGCGCUCCUGCGUCCUGGACGUUUAGACAGGAAGAUUGAAAUUCCGCUACCCAACGAGCAAUCAAGAAUGGAAGUUCUAAAAAUCCAUGCAGCUGGUAUCGCCAAACAUGGGGAAAUUGAUUAUGAAGCAGUUGUGAAACUAGCUGAAGGUUUCAAUGGGGCUGAUCUUCGGAACGUGUGCACUGAAGCUGGUAUGGCUGCAAUUCGUGCAGAGAGAGAUUAUGUAGUCCACGAAGACUUCAUGAAGGCUGUGCGGAAGCUAAAUGAUGCAAAAAAGCUGGAAUCGAGUGCACAUUACAGUGCAGAUUUUGGCAAGGAGUAAUGUAUGAUGCUGAUGCCAUGGACAACUGCAUAUGGCGUGUAUCAUCAGGGAGCUCAGUCAGAUGCGAUGCAAAAGGGAGAAAGAAACCAGCUAUUUAUGUUCAGGCUCCAGGCAGCUCCUCUUUUUCUGAUAUUCACAAUUUUAGUGAGGAGGAUUGUCAAGCUGACCAGUGGGAGAAACCAUUCGAGAAUUUAGUAGUUUUGCACCAGAUGCUCUUUGCUUCUGUAAAUCAUACGCUAUCUGCUUUCGUGCGUGUUAGUCUGGUAAUAACUCUGGUCCGAGCUGUUCUGUUUUCCAUGUACUUUGGACAGUGUGGAAAAAGAACAAUUUGUAUUCAUCCUGAACUACGAUUUCCCCUCA